UCCCCAACACACACACACACACACUACCCGUUUUAGCUAUAACCUAGCCUAGCAGAGCUAAUCUACCCCUGCACGAGCCGACCACGUAUCCAGGUCAGUUUAACGGCUGGAGGAAGCGGUUUGUAGCCUGUCCUCGCGCUUUCAUGUCUCGUUUGUUCCUGGCGCUGUCACCCGCUCGUGUCAGCUGUACUGCUGUCCUCCCCCCCCCACACACCUCCUCCUCCUCCUCCACACCCCCACCCUUACCCCCCCUCCAGCGCUCGCGCGCGCUACACAGCCAGGUAAACACCGGUCAGCCUGAUGAAGACACGGCCGCCGCCUCCGCCGCCGCUGCUGCCGCCGCUGUCAACCUUCACACAUGAAGGCCAGGUGAAUAACACACAAGGAGCCGCGUGGAGCAGCCCCUGAGGUAGGCACCAUGGAUCUCUCAGCACCUGCUCCGGUGGUAGCCCUCCUCCUCCGCUGACCUCAACUCCUCCUCCCCAUCUCUUCUCUACCUUUCCCUCUUUCAACUACCCCUCUUCCUCCGCACCCCCAUCCCUUACUACCUCACGUCAGUGACCCAGGGUGAUCAUUCCGCCCUCCUACAACAUGGCAGGAGAGAAAGGGCCGACUAAGCGAAGCGCCAUGGACAUCAAGCGCCUGGCGAGCCUCAUCCAGAGAGGAACUGGACGUUUGCUGGUGAUUGACAGCAGGACAUUUUCUGAGUACAAUGCGUCGCACGUACAAGGUGCGGUCAACGUCUGCUGUUCCAAGCUGGUGAAGAGACGACUGCAGCAGGACAAGGUGUCUGUCACUGAGCUGCUGCAACCAAACGGCAAGGUGAAGGUGGAGCUGGGCAGGAAGCAGGAAGUGGUGGUUUAUGACCAGAGCUCCAAAGAGGCGGGGCAUCUGUCCAAAGACGGCUUUGUGCACAUUCUCAUGGGAAAGUUGGAGGGCACCUUCCACAAAGUCUCCCUGCUCACGGGAGGUUUUGCUGCAUUCUCCUCCUGUUUCCCCGGCCUGUGUGAAGGGAAACCUGCCACUGCCCUACCUAUGAGCUUGUCCCAGCCCUGCUUGCCUGUGGCUAAUGUAGGGCCCACUCGCAUCCUGCCACACCUCUACCUGGGUUCACAGAAGGACGUCCUCAACAAGGAUCUGAUGGCACAGAAUGGUAUCACCUAUGUGCUGAAUGCUAGCAACACCUGUCCCAAGCCAGACUUUAUCAGCGAGAGCCACUUUAUGCGUAUCCCAGUAAACGACAACUACUGCGAGAAACUGCUUCCCUGGCUCGACAAAACUAACGAAUUCAUAGACAAAGCUAAGGUGUCAAACUGCAGAGUCAUUGUGCACUGCCUGGCUGGAAUCUCGCGUUCAGCAACCAUCGCCAUUGCAUACAUCAUGAAGACAAUGGGCUUGUCAUCAGAUGAUGCCUACAGGUUUGUAAAGGACCGACGACCGUCCAUAUCCCCAAACUUCAACUUCCUUGGUCAGCUUCUGGAAUUCGAGAAGGGCCUGCGAUUACUGCAAGCUUUAACAUCAACUUCUGAUGACAAGAUCUCUGAAAACAACACUAAACAAAGCUCAGAGAUGAAUGGAGUCAAAACAGGUUUCGAGAUGAACGGUCACCUCAGCAACUACGACUCAUCUGGGGGAGAGCCACACAUCCCACCAGAACCCAAGCUGCCGUCACCCACCUCCCUCCAGCAAGGCUUCAAUGGCCUACACCUCUCUGCAGAGAGGAUCAUGGACACUAACCGGCUUAAACGCUCCUUCUCCCUGGACAUUAAGUCUGUAUACUCACCUAAUAGUCCCAGCCUGGCACCCACACAUUCUGAAGACGUCCCCAAGCUGUGCAAGCUUGACAGCCCAGGAACGGGCACCUCCAAUGGUGUCUGCUCCCAGUCUCCCGUCCUAGACAGCCCCAGCUCUUCUGAUUCACCGUUCCCCUCACCAGGCAGCGGCGGUAGCAUUGGAGGUUUGGGGCUUGGAGGAACUGAAGGAGUCCAUCGGUCUGGUUCUUCCUCAUCCAGACCCAGGAGAAAACCCAAACACUGCUCCAGUAGUUCCCCAAUCCACUCCCAACCACACCAACCUCCACAGUCCCUUAGCUUGUCGCUGGACAAGAGCCCCAGCCUGGACGAGAACCUAAAGGGCUCCCUGCUCUUGUCACUACCCUCCCUGCCCAACAUGGGCUCUGGGGCCAUGUGGACCAAACACAGAGACACUGUCCAGGCCACCACUCCUGUCACUCCCGUCACCCCCACCACAGAUGCCCCCUGGCACUUCGGGGCAGAGGAGGGUGGCAAGGUAGAGAUGGAGCUGGGAGGAGGAGGGGUCGGAGGGGGAGAGGAGUCGACAGUGAGGUUCGGGAGCAGCUCGGCAUACGUGGCGUUUGGGUGCAGCGAAGGUGUGCGGUUACGAGACAAAUCCCAGAGGGAGAAGCCCUCAGCACCACAGACACAGAGAGACCACCGGGACUCGAUGUCGUCGUCAUCCGCAGUGACCAUGUCCAACAGUGCGAACAACAGCGGGCCUGCGUCAGAGAAACAGUUCAAGCGGCGCAGCUGUCAGAUGGAGUUCGAGGAGGGCAUCUCCGAGACACGGUCCCGAGAAGAGCUGGGGAAAAUCGGGAAGCAGUCGAGCUUCUCUGGUAGCAUGGAGAUCAUCGAGGUAUCCUGACAGAUAAUGGACAUGAUCAGAGCUGUCCCAUGGGGGCACAAAUGGACCUGGUUAGAGGGAGUACAAGAAGAGGACAUAUGACGGAGAGCAGAAGAUGUUUUUUUGUUUGUGCUCCCCUCACAGAUAGUGUUAAAGACUCCAACUGAGAGAAGGACAAGAGUUAGUGUGAAAAGGUUAGCAAGUGAGCUAGCAUUCACACUUGGACAGAUGGAGCCUGUGAUGUGGUGCUUAGCAGACCAGAACCAUCCUGAACUCUCAUACAAAUCUGAAGAAAAGUCUGGGGGAGAGGAGGGUAUAGGGGGCGACUGUAGGUACUGAAAUUCUUAAUUUUUCUGAGCUCUGUCACAGAUAAAAAUAAAAUGACCCAGGGCAAGUGUCAUGUUGCAUCCUUACUAUAUAGAAUAUCCCUAUUUUGACAGAGUUCGGACACAAACUGCUUGCCUGCGGUCAAAUGUAGUGUGCUUCAGUGGGUGUAUAGCUCGUGAUUUGAACCAAGCCCUGUGUUUUCCUCCCAAAGCUUCACCCCGUUGUCAGAAAGCCUCAGAACCUCGCACGGCUAUGUCCGCCGCUCCCCACCCCCCCCCACCCCUCCGUCCCAAUGGCUCUGCCUGCUACAGACUCUGCAUAACAACAUCAACAACAAUAACAGACUACAUAACAGCACCGUCUCCUCACAUCACCACAGCACAAGGCAGAGAGAUCCCAAGGACUUAAUCUAAUGGCGGUACUGUAUCCAAACUAUGAAGGAUCCUCAGCACUUUGUUGCUGAAAAGACUUUGAGUUGAAGACUCUUAAGAGACGGGAGUGCCCCCCACCCCCUAAAGCACAGUGUGUCUUUCCUGACUUUGGCUCCCUUGUUUCCAGUGUUAACAGCGUGAUGGGACUGAGGUUUCGGGAUGGUGGCGAGGGUUCGCUUUAAACGGCCCCUCAUCUCCUUUAUAAACCCCCACUGCUCCACCUAUGGUCACCACUGAGCAUGCACCAGAAAGGCUGACUACAGACAGACAAAUACUAUAUAUACAAUAUGAAUAUAUAUAGCAAUUUUAAUGGACUUCUAAUGACUUUUUUGUUCAGUUAUAGUUUUAAUUUAUUGUAUUGGUUCAUUCUGGUAAUGAGAAAUAAUAUAAUGUUUUGUGGAUUUAUUUCUUUUUUUUUCUUUUGUUGAAUUAUUAUUAUUAUUAUUAUUAUUUGCUGUAUGGUAUUUAUGAACACACACAAACAAAUACACACAUUCAACAAAAUCAAGCAAGCAAUAUGUGCUGUUCCUUCUUUGGGGAGAGUGAUGUAUGACUUUGAAAUGCACUUUUCUGCUUUAUGAUAACUUAAGUUCAGUUACCCCUCACACCCCUGCAACAAGAUACUCCGUAAGCCGAGUUUUGAGUUUUCUUAGUACAAAUGUAAAGCCCCUGUUUUGUAUUUGUAGGAUGAUACAAAUAUCCCACUAGUGAGAUCUAUAAGGACAGGAUCUCUUCUUUUGGAUCAUCUGCAGCCUGUAUUCAGGGUUUUUAUCACAGUUGAGGGAUCAAGCAUUAACUAAAAGAUUUGUUUGACUGAGGUAGACAAAGUAGCCACACACACACACACACACACACACUCUGAUCACUCGUAUACAUUAAAACAUUUCCUGCCAGUUUCCAGAGGGCAUGCAUAACAACGACAACUAUAUGCAAACAGACGCACGCUCUUUCACGAGUUUAUAACAUAUAGACUUGCACAGCGAGUCCUCUCCGAGCCAGCACCAGUUCAACGUCAUAACGCAUCCCACCAAAGCUGAAACCAAUACACACACACACACACACACACACAUACAUACACACAUAUAAAUAUAUAUACAAACACCCUAUACUGUAGGCACUUACACAUAUUUUCACACAUGUAAAGGCCCGACACACACCCUUUUGUUCAUUCUCAGGGGAUCUUUCAGUGAGCCAAGCCCAGCACAGGGCACACAGCUGCUGGUACAUCAGCACAAUGCAUGUCCGUAAAGCUCCCUCGCUCUCUCUCUCUCUCUUUCUCUUUCUUUUAUUUUUGCUCUUAUUUCUUAUUUUCCAAAGCUUUGAUUACAAACUGCAUAACAAAAUGGAAAGAGAAAACAAAACGAGGAUCUUCACAUGUUGAGGUGAAAGAAAUUAAAACUUUGCUCUCCUGGUGCGAGAUGGUUAUUUAUUUAUAAUGUAAAAUGUGUUUAUUUCUUUUCCUUUGACCCUGAUCUUGAUUAGCUUUUCUCUCUGGUGAUCUCUGACCUUUCACUCUGGCUGCUGCAGCUACAGUAAGUUCAGAUAGAUUCCUAUGUUUCCCCCCAAGGCUCAAGCAACUUCUCCUCUCCUCUCCUCACCCUCCUCCCUAUAUUUUUAAGAAAUGUUGUUAGAAUUAUUUAUGACAUGUAACAAAGAUGAUGCAGGCUGUCCCAUUUGCUAAAAUUGUUGUUAUCGAAUAUUAUUAUUAUUAUUAUUGUUAUUAUUAUUAUUAUUAUGUUGUGUAAAUAGCAACGCAUCUAAGAACACUGAUGAAUUUAGAUGAGUUUUUAAAAGAAAAUCCUGAUACCUUAGGCUGCUUGACGCAAAAAUACCUCAGGUUCUAUUGAAAAGGCUUUUCCUUCCCCUGUACAUGUUUUGUGAAAAUGAGACAAAAAUACAGACAUGACAAAAUACAAA